AUGAGCAAUAAUAGUGCCAAUGGACUCAUCAGUCCUACCUCUCCCAACAACAACAACAGUGCCAAACGCAUUAGUUUUCUGGAGGCUAAUCCCUCAACUCCUCCUCGAAAAACCUCUCCCGUUAAAAACUCUCCUCUCAAUAACAUUUUAGCCUCAAGAACGAGAGCCAAAUCAAGUCCAGUACCACCCGGUGCGUUAUCUCCUCAAUCGCCUCCAACAACGUCGACCAUGACUUCCUCUGGCUCUUCCCUCACUUCACCUACAUCUCCCAAUCAUCAUCAUCAUCAUACAUCCUCCAUCACACCUACCCGAAGAAUGAGCAUCUCGGUUCCCAAUACAACCUCCACGCUCUCUCCUCUCCCAUCGGCACAGAAAAAGGAAGGACGCAAGGAACGACUCUCCAUCAUCUUUAGACUCUUUGAUAAGGACGAAGAUGAUCGUUUGAAUCCACAAGAAAUGAAAGAUUUUUUAUGUUCUGUUUUUUACGGUCCUGAAAUGAAGGACAUUCUCUCCGAGUUGCAAACCACCUAUAAGGAUGGAGUGAAUUUUGAGGAGUUUGUUCAAUUGUGUCGAGACGAGAGUGCCAAGAGCUCAGCCUCUGUGAAUGCUUCGAAAAGUCCAAUGUCGAAUGGAGGAAGAAGAGGAAGAAGUGCCACUGUGCAUGUUUCUGCAUUUUCCAAUCAAUCACAAAAGCCAUCAAUUUCUCCUACUUCAUUGAAUGAUGUUGAGGAAGAUGAUGGAUUCAGUGAAGAGGAUUUGAAAACGGUGUUUAGUGAAAUUUUGGAUUCCAACGAUGAUGGUGUGGUAUCAUUGAGUGAAUUCAAGAAAGUAAUUACUAAUUUAGGUAUACAAAAUACAUUCUCUGAUGAUGAACUUGCAUUGCUUUUUGACGGAAGCAAGACGUUGAGUUAUGAGCAGUUUAGAAAACUCGUGACCAUGUAA